AUGCAGCUUUCUCCAAUUCAUGAAACAUCUACAACAGCUAGCCUGACUGACAAUGAAGAAAAUGCCUACGAUAAGUUGGGAUUAAAUGAUUUAUUCGAAGAGUUGAGAAAAUCAAAUGAAAAUGAAGAUCAGUUUAGUAAAAUAAAGAAAUCUAUUGCUAGUCUACCCAAAAUACAAGAAGCUGGUGAGUCUCUAAGUGAAGAGAUUGCUAAAAAUCAAAACUUUAAGACAAGUGUGAAAGGUGGGAAAGAUAUACAUGUUAUAAGUGAUACCAUAGAAGCUGCAAAGAAGAUGGGUCAUCAAAAAGAGACAGCCGGUUCUGACUGGUUUGGUCUUCCAAAAGGAGAAGUCACACCUGCUGUGAAGAGAGACUUCAAAGUUAUUCAACAAAGAGCUGCAUUAGAUCCAAAGAGACAUUACAAGAAAGAUAAAUGGGUACAACCAGAAUUUUUCCAAAUUGGAACUAUUGUGGAGGGAAAUACCGAGUAUUAUUCUUCAAGACUGAAAAACAAAGAACGUAAGCAAACCAUUUUGGAAAGUGUGCUACAUGAUCAAGAUACAAAACAUUACUUUAAAAGGAAAUAUAGUGAGAUUCAAACCAAGAAAACUUCGGGUAAAAAAGCUCAUUAUAAAAAAGUUAAGGACGCUAGACGUAAAUUCUAG